AUGCAUAAUCCCACCUUUCUAGAACCCAAAAACAACAAAACUUUGAAUCGGAUUGUUGCUGUGGCUCAGGCAGAUCCCAACAUUGAUGCUCCUCAAAUCGAGUUACCGAGCGUUCUCUCCAAUCUGAGUGUAGAUGGCCUCCGUUACUUAAUUCGUGAUCAUAAUGAAGUCAAAGACAUGUUUCAAGACUAUUUGCAAGGCAAGGACAAUUCUCGAGAAGCGAAACUUCAAAUCGUUCGAAAAUUCACACAAGAAAUUUGUAAACACGCAAGCGCAGAGGAACGUUAUUUGUAUCCAAUGCUGUUGGAAAAGUUGGGACAAAUCGAAGGACAAUUCAUCUAUCGUAAAAACCUUUUAGACGACAUGAUGAAUAAGGAGAUGCUUCGAUUUUUGGAACAGAAUGAACCUAAGAGUGAGUUGGAUUGGACCAUUUUCGACAAGUGUGUUCGGAAAUUCAUUCAACUCGAACAAGAGCAUAUGAAGGAAGAGGAAGAUGAUGUUUUUCCACUUCUUCGUGAACGUAUGAAUGACGAAGAGUUGGCCACCCUCGAAGAUUGUUUGAAAUGGGCCAAAGAACAUGCACCAACUCAUCCUCAUCCGUUUGAGGUCAUGACCAAUCCGACUGCACAACUCGUUCAUCCCUUAACGGCUCAAUUGGAUGCCAUGAGAGAUGCCAAGGAACAAGGAAUCACUUCUUCAGCAGAAGGUUUCUCUCAACAAGGACCCUCCAGUGCUGUGAAUGUGGGUCUUGCAGAAGGUGGAGAAGGAGGAGGAAGUGGCCAAGUUUUUUACAAUCCUUUGACUGGAGCGGACGUGUCGAGUGUUGGAACGAGUCAGGGAGGAGACAAAAUGGAGGAAUAA